AUGGAGCCCGAGGAGGGACGUAAAGAAGAUAAUGCUGGAAAUGAGAGGCUGAAUGAAGAGUCCACGGAGGGGGCAGAACCAUUACUUCUGAAGGCAGCUGAGUUAGAGGGGCAGGAUGGGGAAAUUUUGGGGGACGGUGAAUUAAAUCAAGGAAGAGAAGCAGUGUCAGGUGAGGAUGGAAAUUAUACUGAGGGUAUGGCAGAACCAGAGCCCAGGGAAGUAAAAAUGGGAGAGAAAUCAAGUCUCAGGGAGCUGAAAAGUAAUGCAGAAUCUGAGGAAUUGGGAGGAGAAGGAGAAUCAGAAGAAAAGGAGCAUGAAGAAAUCAGGAUUGUUGAAGAGAGUAGAACUCUAGAAAUGGAUGAAAAAGUUGAUUUGGCAAAAUCAGAGGAUCAGAGGGAGAAAGAAGUUCAUGCAUAUACUGAAGGAAAGGCUGAUUAUCCACACAACCUGGAGAAGGCUGAAGUAUUCAUUUUAGACCAGAAGGAUUCAGAGGGAGGGACUGAAAAAGAGAUUGUUGAAACCACAGAGAUUCAGAAAGAGGAUAAUGAUUUGUCAAGAUUGGGUCAGGGAGGCAAUUUAGAGAUAACUGAAGAGGGAAAAGAUGUAGCAGCAGAUGCAACAUCAGUAGAUCAGAAACAGACUGAAGAAUCAGUAGAAUUAGGUGAGGAACAAAAUAAGGUAUACAUCAAAGCUGAGGAUGAGGAAAUAGCUGGAGUAGAGCAGAGUUUAAUUGCACGUGAAACAGAGACAUCAGUAGAAACCCAGGAAAAACCUGAGCAGGCAUUGGAAAAUCUCAGGGAACCUGGAGAGAUUACUGGAAAGAGAGAUGCAACAAUGGCUGAUGAAGAAGCAACAACACUGCAUCAAACAAAGGUUGACAAGUUAGUUGAGGGAAGUCUGGGAGAAAGUGGGAAACCAGUGGGAGAGCAACCAUUAACGGUUGAAGCUAAAGCGGAAUAUUUCCCAGUAGUUGUAGAGACAGAGGAGGUGAGAAUUGGGAAAGUGACUACAGAAGAAGUUGUGAUUAUACCAGUUGAAGAUGAAACUAAGGAUUUGAUGGAGACAAGUGAAGAAGUAAUGGGUGAGAAAGAUUUAGCUGCCAUGGAAGCUGUAGCAGUAGUUGAGGUUGAAAAUUUGGUGGACAUUAGUGAAACACAGAUGGGAAAGGAGGAUAUGACACUAAUUGUAGAAUCAAGGGAAAAGACUAUGGAAGAGUUGAUUGCAGAGAAAGAUGUAGAACAGGAAAAACCCAAACCUGUCACUCAGAGGAAUAAGAAACCUUGGAAACCUGAUGAAGAAGAUGAGGAGUUUACGGCCAAUGAAGAAGAAGGCGAAGAUGAAGAGGAAACAAUAGACGCUGAAGAAAAGCUGGAAGGAAAUGUGGAUCACAGCAAAGAACUGGAUGAUCUGGCCAAGGAAGGUGAACUGCCCAUGGAGGAGUUGCUGCAGAAAUACGCUGUUGCUUAUGCUUCAGACUUUGAAGAGGAAGCAUCACACACUUCAUCAGAGGCAUUGGAGCCUACUAGUUCAGAGUAUGAGGAGGAAUCAGAGGAGGAGAAUAGCACUAGUCACUCAGGUAUAGAAGAAAGAGGGAGCAGCGGCCCCUGUAAAUAUACGGCUUAUAGUUGUUCCUGUAUUUCGAGGUUGAACAAUUGAAGAUGCGGAUUGCACCUUACUAUAAUUGAUGCUGGUUAGAACUGUUGAGAGUUGACGUUUUACAAUGUUUUGGGGUGAAAAAAUACUUCGCCAUCCCUGAUACAAAUGAAUGU